CAGGUGAAAAUAUGGUUUCAGAAUAAAAGAUCCAAGAUCAAGAAGAUCAUGAAGAAUGGGGAGAUGCCUCCAGAGCACAGCCCCAGCUCCAGCGACCCCAUGGCCUGCAACUCUCCACAGUCGCCUGCGGUUUGGGAACCUCAGGGCUCCUCCCGCUCACUCAGCCACCAUGCCCACACACACACUCACCCUUCAAACUCCAACCCAUCCCCUGCAUCCAGCUACCUGGAGAGCUCCGCUUCCUGGUACCCCGCUGCCAACUCCAUCAACUCACACCUCCAACCCCACGGCUCCCUACAGCACCCGUUAGCCCUGGCUUCUGGGACAAUUUAUUAGGGUCUGACUUUUUUUUUUUUUUUUUUUUUUUUUUUGUUCCUUGGACUCCUGUGUUUUACUGUUAAGGAAUAAUAAUGAAAGGAAUGCAUAUGGGGGAUUUUUAAAAGGGAAAAGAAACAAAAAGAUUUAAAUGUGUAAAGCUUGUGCAUGUAACUUAUUGCAUUUCAAAGGAAACCCUUUUUUAUACAAUACGGACAUUUUUUGGCUCAGCUGUGGACACUGUCAAUGGUGCCUUGAAAUCUAUGACCUCAACUUUUCCAGAGACUUUUUUUCAAUGUUAUUUUAACCCUGUAAAUAAUUGUAGAUAGAGGAAUUAAACUGUAUAUUCUGAAUAAAAUAAAAUUAUUUCGACCA